CAACUUCGUCAUCUCGCAUCGAGGGCAUCCUUUUUAUUCACAAACUCAUCUUGAAUUGAAUAAAUCGACUAAUACCUCCAGUUCUGUCAAGUCAUAUUUCACAGGCACACAUGUUGUCGACUCUAACGAGAGCGACUGUAUAAGUUCGUCGUCGUCGUUUGAACUCUUUCAUCUUGUGUCACAGCUUGACCGAAAACCGAACAACAGGCAUCAGCACCAUGAGCUUGCAACACAACAUAGAGCAGAAGAACCCAACACCAGUCCUUUCGAGAAGCAAUUUGUCUCAAUUUGCUUGGAAGAGUAGAGCUGUCCUACUCGUUGCGUUGAUCUUUGUGCUGUAUUCCGCCAGCAGAACAAACCCAAUUCAAUGGUGGAGGAGCAUCCCGGAUUCCUACGCAACAGAGCAGAGUCUCAACGUGUUUGAGUGGAGCCAGAUCACUCCAAAUGAGGAGCUAAUAUACCAUGACUGCGGGAAUGGCAUGCAGUGUGCGAGACUUGAAGUUCCCAUGGAUUGGAAUAAUAGUGCGACGAGUCUCAAGAUUGCCAUUGCAAUCACGAGAAUUCCAGCAAAGGUCGAGGUCACUGAUCCACGCUAUGGCGGCCCUAUCUUGAUUAAUCCAGGUGGCCCUGGUGGUUCCGGAAUUGAGCUUUUACACCGACAAGGACUGCAGAUGCAGCAGAUUGCCGACUACUCUGCAGAUACCCAACCUGUGCUUGGAGACCCAGAAAAGCCCAUGCCAAAAUAUUAUGAUAUCAUUGGUUUCGACCCACGAGGUGUUAAUAACACCACCCCUACACUGGUGUGUUUUCCUAAUGCCUUUGAACGGCUUGCCUGGAAUCUCCAGAGCCAAGCCGAGGGUCUGAUUGGUAUGUCUAAUAAUUCUGUUCCAAGAGCUUGGGCCAGAGCCAAAGCUUUGGGCAGAAGCUGCGCGGACGCAGGUGGUCAACAACUUGGCCACUUCCUUAAUACCACACCAGUUGUGCGUGACAUGGUAGCCAUUAUCGAAAGGCAUGGACAAUGGAGAGAAAACGAAGCUCGUCGCUGGCUUAGAGAUCAGGCUUGUAAAAAUAUGGCAUCCACAGGUUUACAACAUGAAGACAGCAAGAGAGCUGUUAUCGACCGGACACGCUGGAUACCUGGGAGAGAAAAACUUCUUUACUGGGGCCUUUCCUACGGCACUGUCAUUGGCACCACUUUUGCGGCCAUGUAUCCUGAUCGGGUGCACCGAGUUAUCUUGGAUGGCGUAGUAGAUGUUCCUGACUACUACAAUUCCUCGAGCCGAUCAUCAGUUCAAGAUUCCGACAAAGUAUUGGAUCGCCUGCUUGAAACAUGUUAUGAGUCUGGCACGCGCGAAAAGUGUGGUCUUUUUGACCCUCGUGGUCCAGAAAAGAUCAAAACAACACUAUUUUCGAUUAUUGACAGCGCCAUAGUAACGCCGCUUCCAAUAAUGCCCUCAACAAGGCAAGGACCUCAGAUCCUCACUGCUUCGGAUAUUGAUAUGGCUCUCCAUUUGGCCCUGUAUAAACCUUUGAAGUCUGCAGUGCAACUGUUUCAUGCAUUGCACAACUUGACUUUAGGAAACACAUCCGGAUUUGCUGACUUCAAGAGGAAUUCCAUGAAGUCAGAUAUAGCUGGGCAGCCGGAGAGUUGCAAAGAUGCUUCUCCUUGGACUCCAGAAUGCCAGACGUCCGGAAUCCUCGACGAAACAGGAAGUUUGGGGAUUGAAUGCUCUGAUGGCGAGGACAUUCAAGACUGGAGCCAGGAGACAUUCAACGCGUAUUGGGCUUUGCUGAAUGAUCAUAGCAAGGUCAUGGGUACAAGGAAGGCAGCUUCAAAGCUGAUGUGUACACAAUGGAGAUUAAGACCUAAGUGGAGAUAUACUGGUCCUUUCGAAGCCGAAACCAGACAUCCCAUUCUCUUGAUCGGCAACACUCUGGAUCCGACAACACCACUUAACAAUGCUCAUAAAAUAUCUCGAGGAUUUCCGGGUUCCGUGGUUCUACAAAAUGAUGCAAUUGGCCACUGCUCGAAUGCAGCACCAUCUCUAUGCACUGCCAAAGCUGUGCGACAGUACUUUCAGACAGGAGAGCUACCGUCCAAAAAUGCUUUUUGCGAAGUGGACGAAAUUCCAUUCACGGGACCAAUAUCCUCCUCUUUCAAUGUUCUGAAAACCCCCGAAGAAAUGCUUUUAUUGGAGGCUUCCAAACACAUGGCCAUGUCAUGAACUAUUUCUAUCUUGUCGUUAAAUGGAGUCAAUGCAAGAGUUUUAGUAUCUACAAACCUUUUUCAAACAAUUGAUCGC